ACCCCCGUGCGGGCACUUUCGUGCCCGGGAGCCCGACACGCCCCGGACCGCCCCAUGGAUCCCCCCUCUCUUAUCGCCGCUGAAUCACGGGCUUUUCCAUCGUCCAUCCAGAUCCAGCUAGCCUCGGCUAGAUUCGGCCUUCGGAGGUAGAGGUCCUCUCACUGAAGUCUCAAUCCAGUCGAUCGACGCCGGCGGCACCCGUUUCUCGGCACCCGCCUGUAUCCUGUCGCGCGAUUCGUCGCGAGUCUACAUUCUGUAUGACAAUGCGAGGGCUGCACCACCGGCGAAUCUCCAUGGCCGCUCGUGGGUAUAAUAUAUGGCAAGUACGUGUCGCAAACGGGAAGAAGGAAAGGAGGGAGUGCCCAUUUGGACGCGCUGUCGGAUGCUGCCUCUGCUUAGGAGAGCGUUAACCGGGACAGCAAUAUGUGCGAGUGACGCACGCCGAGGAAACGACGGCGAGCGCGAGAUCGAUAUCUCGCGCGACGCUUCCGUUGCCAGAGAAACUCUCGUAGCACUCUCAGCGCUGUACAGCGUAAAUAUUCGCAAAGGUCGCGGUCAAGGAGGUAGGAUGUCGAGACGGGAAGGAUCGCGCGAGGACGAGCCAUCCUGGCGGCGUAGAGCGUACGAAAGUCACCGUUCCAGAGUGAAGACAGCCAAACCGACAGUAGAUGUGAACCCGCCACAGGGCAGACCUCACGUAUUCUUCAACGCGAAGAAAUCGCAACUGGAACGCGAACGACAGACACGGAUCCUGCGGGAUAACUUUAUCCUGCUGAAGAAACUCCGCGAGAUUAUGCAUCGAAAGAAGCAACGCGGCGCAGAAGACACGCAACGUGUCCAAUGGCAGGAAUCUAGAUGCGUGAGGACUCGGUAGAGAGGUGGAGCAUUGAGACAGGACGCUUUUCUAUCGUAAAUUACACACGACUCUGUCUGUAUUUAUAUUAUCUAUCAAUAUAACGCCAGAGUAGCCAGAGUAACUUAUGUGUAAUUUUCCGGUUUGCGCUGGAAACCUUGUAAAGGACGAUACAUUUUCGCCUCGAUAGAUUCACGUGCGCUCCUGUCGUGUCUAUUUUUAAUACAUUUCUACGUUAAUAUGUGUAAAAAAUGCGAUUGAAAAAGGGAUCUGCCUUUUUCUCUCGCUGUCGCAACUGUACGCAACUGGAAUAUAUGCUGCUCCCAAGAA